CUCUCGGAAAGUUGGCCGGCCGCAUUCCAGGAAUGGAGGGAGGAGGAGCGCCGACAGAGACACUUCUCUCCCCGCCUCGAUGCCUCCCAGAUGUGCCGGCAGCGGGGCUCACAGCGACUACUGAGGGCUUUCGGAGCCGCCGCCAGUGCGGGUUCGGGCUCGGAUCAUAGCCCCUCCAGCACCGGCUGGAGCCUCCCCUCCCUGCUUUCUUCGUGGACCGGCGGCGCAACAGCUGCUGCUGCCCUUUCCCCGCAGCGCCCCCCCCCUCCUCCUUCUCCUCCGCUGGCGUUGCGGUUCUUCUCGCUCGCCGGGGAAGCGUGUCCUCGCCGGCUCGCCGUGCCGCGGUGGGAAGGGCUGAGAUGGGAGAGGGCAUGUCCAAAAGGCUGAAGUUGCAACUGGGGGGCGAGGCGGAGAUGGAGGAGCGGGCCUUCAACAACCCCUACCCGGACUACACGGCCCACGGCGCCGGGGCUCCGCCGCCCAGCGCCGCCGAGGCUUCCCCCAGCGGCUCGGAGGGCGAGCGGCGCGGCUCGUCGACGCCCGAGGGAGACGACGCCCUCCCCUUCGAUGGCGACGGGAAGAUCGGCUCCUAUUUCGAUAAAAAGGUCACAGCGAAAAUUAAGGAUCUGUUGCAGCAGAUGGAAGAAGGACUGAAGACGGCAGACCCGCACGACUGCUCCACUUAUACCGGCUGGACAGGGAUAGCUCUCCUGUACCUUCAGCUGUACCGUGUGACGGGGGAGAAACAUAAUCUCCAGCGAGCCUUGGACUACGUGAAGAGGACGCUACGCAACCUGAAUGGAAGAAGGGUGACUUUCCUUUGUGGCGACGCCGGGCCCUUGGCCGUGGGCGCAGUGGUGUACCACAAGCUAAACAUAGAGGAUGAAUCCAAGGAGUGUGUGACAAAGCUCUUGCAGCUCCAGAGAAUAGUCCUGAGCACGGAUUCUGACCUCCCAGAUGAACUCCUUUAUGGAAAAGCUGGUUACUUGUAUGCCUUGCUUUAUUUGAAUACCGAAAUCGGCCCCGACACUGUCCCCCAGUCAGUUAUCAAAGAGGUAGUGAACUCCAUCAUUGAGUCGGGUAAAAAGCUUUCCCUGGAGGAACGGAAGGCUGAACGCUGCCCGUUGUUGUACCAGUGGCACAAGAAGCAGUACGUUGGUGCGGCGCAUGGUGUGUCGGGAAUCUAUUACAUGUUAAUGCAGCCGGCUUCCCACGUGGACCAGGAGACUCUGACGGAGCUGGUGAAGCCAAGCAUCGAUUACGUGCGCCAUAAAAAAUUCCGGUCAGGGAACUACCCCUCGUCUUUAAGCAACGAAACGGACCGGCUGGUGCACUGGUGUCACGGCGCCCCAGGGGUCAUCCACAUGCUCAUGCAAGCCUAUAAGGUUUUCAAAGAGGACAAGUAUUUGAAAGACGCCAUGGAAUGCAGCGACAUCAUUUGGCAGCGAGGGUUGCUGAGGAAAGGAUAUGGACUCUGCCAUGGGACAGCGGGAAAUGGCUAUUCCUUCUUAUCCCUCUAUCGCCUCACCCAGGAUAAAAAGUACCUCUACCGAGCUUGCAAGUUCGCAGAGUGGUGUCUAGAGUAUGGAGCGCACGGAUGCCGGAUUCCUGACCGACCCUACUCCCUCUUUGAAGGUAUGGCCGGAGCCGUCCACUUCCUCUCUGACAUAUCAGCCCCCGAGAAGUCCCGCUUCCCUGCAUUUGAACUCGGCCCUCAAAAGAAAGGGAACAAAGAGGAGAACGACAGCUAAGUGGGAGCUCGAGGUGAUGCCAGGAGUGGCAAAACGACCGUCCCGUCGGGGGCCUCAAGGAUGCCGAACCGACCGAGCAAAGGGACGAGCGAAAACCCUUUUUCACCUGUUCUCCUCACGGCCACAUUUGUUAUUGCCGCAUGAAGAAGAGGAUUUCACGCCGCCAAUGUUUCAUUUUGUGAGAUACUGUAAGCCACAGCAGGAGAACGACCUUCGGUUUGUAGGGAGCGCUCUCUUUCAGUUGUCACUGUUGUCUCUUCGGGUCUCUUGAGUGUUGACAUGUUUGGUGUUGUCCGUAAGCGUGAAGUUCUGUUUUGUUUUUUCCUGUUGUUGUAAAGCUGAAAACCCAGUCUGCGCAUGGCUGUAAUGGCAACAGCACCUCUCUUUCGACAGCUACUAAAUACAAGAAAUCUCUCUUCGUCUGCCACAAUGAACAAGGGCAGGUAACUGAAUCCAGAUUCUUGGUUCGGUUGAUCCUCCUACAGCCUGAGAAGUCAAAUGGUGUCGAGUGCAAAUUGUUUUGCCAUUGUGAGGACGUCGAGGGGGCGAAGCCAAUUAAAGUUAAGCGCUUUUAACUUCCUAUUGAUUUUCAGUGAGAAAGUGAAGCAUGGGCUGAAAUAGUUCUUAGCGGAAUCAAGAGUCCUUAAACGCACUUGAGUUUUUGGCUGAAUUACGCUUCAAGUUCCCCCCACACACACACACUGUGAACAUUUGAAAGUGGGAAGACUUUUCAAGUCCCCAUGAAGCGGGGAGAAAGGUAGACAAGCCCUAAACUGACCUCACUUGAAAUCAGCAGGGUUGGGCCUUUUGUGUCUCGAGCGCAUUUCAGCAGAUAUGGGUUUUGAUCUUUCUCGAAAUGUCGUGAGUGCAGUUUCCGUGCACUUUUUUUUAAUGGGUCCACUUUUCACAUGAGGGCAUGUUAAGUGAUUUCUCUAAGUAAAAGAUGACCGGUUAAUGCAGUAAAGGUUGAAGUAGCCCACUGCCCUCUGUUUUGCUGUUUACUGGGGCAAGGCCAUAACCACAGUCCCACCCCUUUGGGAGGGCAGAACCCCCCCCCCACUCCCUCCAGUGGAGUACGGAGCCUGUCGAUGGAAGUAGGCCAGAGAUAAAUUGGGGCCCUUGACCUAGCUGGUGACAGGAAAAGAUUAAGGGGAAUAACUGGCUGUUCUUUUCAGACCUUCUCAAAUGAGGAUGAAAGAACUGGUUCUUAUUUACCGUGACACUGUUAAGUUUCUCUUCUGGGUGAUGCAGGAGAUCCCAUUUUGGCUUUUCAGUGUCUGGAACAGCAACAUUAACUUUGUGAGAUCCAUGUAUUCAGGAGCUGCACAGUGCAAGUAUGCUCCUCAUGCCAACAGGUCCCAACAAGUCGAGUGUUCCUCUUUUGUGUGUGUUCCAGUUCUACAUCUUCUGAGUAAAGCUAAGCAAAAUAAAAUAAAUUUUGUAUCAUAGGCUUACCCUUUGAGGGAAAGACGGUUGGCUGAAAACAAACCAACACCUUCCAGUUGUUAGUUGAGGAAUGAGCACCGCUUCCACAGCGGGGUAUUAAAGAUUGUUGUCUUGAAUUGAGCAGAAUUUUUGUUGCACCGUUUUCUUAGCCCAGGAGGAAAUGGAACGGUCUCCCUUGCAGUCAAUGGGAGCAUUUUGUAGGAGGCAUCAAAAGCUUUUUUUG